UUUCACACAUUUGUCACUCACUUCUGACACAGUGACGUGUGCCUGUGGAUGUUUAUUUUGAUGCUCAGUGACAGCGUUAGACCGUUGGGUGAAGAACUAGUGUGCCCUGUACGUUUGACCGCUGUCAGUGUCCUACAGUUAGCCGUAGCUGCUAGCCUGCUAGCUGCUAACAUUAGCAGCCUGACAGAAAAGAGGCGUUAGCAUCAUUAGAGCACCCGGGCGGACAAAUACUCUCCUGUGGGGGCCUUCAAACAACCAAUCUUACCAAAUAAUUACUAAACGUCUUAUUAGGAUAUGUUUGGAAAUCUCAACUGAGGAUGUCUAUGAAUGAAGAGGGAUAUGUGGUUCGGAUCAGAGGACUCCCCUGGUCCUGCACGCAGGAGGAGGUCGCCAGCUUCUUCUCUGACUGUGACAUCGUUGGGAAAGUAAACGGAGUGUGCUUUACCUACUCUAAAGAAGGCCGUCCCAGUGGAGAGGCAUUUAUUGAGUUGAAAAUGUCUGAGGAUUUCAAGAUUGCUCUCUCCAAGGACCGUAAAUACAUGGGACACCGAUACAUAGAGGUGUUCAAGUCGAACCGCAGUGAGAUGGACUGGGUGCUGAAGCGCAGCGGGCCAGCUGACUACGACAGCUGCAGCGGCUGCAUGCUGCGACUCAGAGGCCUUCCCUUCGGCUGCAGCAAGGAGGAGAUCGUUCAGUUCUUCUCAGGGUUGAGAAUCGUGCCAAAUGGGAUUACUCUGCCAGUGGACUACCAGGGGAGGAGCACAGGGGAAGCCUUCGUGCAGUUUGCCUCAAAGGAGAUAGCAGAAAAGGCUCUGGGGAAACACAAGGAAAGAAUAGGGCACAGGUACAUAGAGAUUUUUAAGAGCAGUCGCAAUGAGAUCAGAGCUUACUACGAGGUGCCCCACCGGGGGGUGGGAGCCCAGAGGCCGGGGCCCUACGACAGACCCAUGAUGGGGGGCCCCAGAGGAGGCUUCUUUGCGCCCGGGCCUGGCCGCGGCGGGGCUCUGAUGGACACCAUGAGGUGCGGGGGGGGCUAUGGAGGAGGUUACGGUGAAUUUGACAGCUACAACGGCUUCAACAACUACUGCUUUGACAACGGCAUGUUUGAUGAGCGAGUGAGAGGAGAGAGAGGAGGAAGAGGGAUGGGAGGCCACGGUUACGGUGGUCAAGGUGAUGUUUCUACAGGCUUCCACAACGGCCAUUUUGUUCAUAUGAGGGGCUUACCUUUCCGCGCCACAGAGGGAGACGUCGCUAAAUUCUUCUCUCCUCUGAAUCCACUGCGGGUCCACAUCGAUGUGGCUCCUAACGGGAAGUCGACAGGAGAAGCCGAUGUGGAGUUUCGCUGCCAUGAAGACGCUGUGGCAGCCAUGUCCAAAGACAAGAACCACAUGCAGCAUCGCUACAUCGAGCUGUUUCUUAAUUCAACGGCCAAUGGAGCCGCUGAAAUGGGCCGUGGUGGUGGGGGCUACUACGAUAACUCAGGGGGGGGCGGACGCUCGCGGGGCAGCGGGAUGCAAGGCUCAUACUGAUGACGCCAUCCCACUAUUCCAAUCCAUCCUGACGUUUGUCUCUUCAGGCCACAUUUACUCGAUUACUUUUUUAAGCAGGAGAGCUGAUCUGAAGUCAGUCAUUUGUUUUAAUUGUGAGGUUCAAACCUAUGGAUACCAGACCAGAGAAGACCUUAGCAAGCACUGUUAUUAAACACUUCUGGAGAGCAAAUGAAGAACAGUACAGCCUUCAGAUGUCUGAGCUGUUGUUGGUGCUAAACAAGGUUAAUUAGUCUAAAAGGAGAUUUCUUGUUCAUUAUAGAUUUUUUUUAAAGGAUUUGAAAAUCGAAUAUGUUUUUUCUCGAGCCACAUUAAACGCCAUAUUUUUCUUAGUUGCACGAUUAAGAGAACUUAAACAACUUUUUAUUUUCCCAUAGUUAUGAAAGACUAUGGAAGGAGGAAACUGAAUGUGUUUCAGUUCUUUAAGUGGAAUGCACUUUGUCUUGUUUGAAUGAGUGCAGGAGACGUUGGUCGGAUGGAGACACAGAAGAACAGCUGUCGGGUUUCAGAGGUUGAUGAAAACGUUUUGAUUUGUUGAGUUGAAUGACGCUCUCUAGGAGGUAGAGCAGUGUGAAGCAACCUCAAAACAUUACAAAUGUAUUUCGGGAAGAAAUUCUGUUAAACAUUUUUUAAACUGUUUAUUAUGGUUUGUUAUAUGCUGAUUCAAACUGCACUUGAGAUCAGCUUUCCUGCUUUGAAAAGUUGUUUAAUGUGAGCCAGUGUGUUUUUUAUGAAUGUUUUCAGAGUUCAUGACAGAAUUUCAAACUAAGUUGAAUAUUAUAUUCCACAAGGUGAAUAAAAAAAAAUCUCUAUAUUUGAGCUGUAAAAUAGCUUCAGCAGCUGUUGUACAUUUUGCGUAAUAAAUUUUAUAUUUAAUUGUC